GUGUGUUAUGAACAGACAGACGUUUUUUUGUAAUGAAGUAUAAUUCUUUCACGUGAAAGUACAUUUGUAGAAAAUGUGAGAUUCGUUUUAAUCUAAUGUACGGUGUAAAAAAAAAGUGAUUUGGAUUGCUUUUUAGCUUUGCACGUCUUUGUGCUCCGCAACGAUCCGUAGCUAACUUGAUAGAGCUAACGUUAUUAGCUAAGCUAGCUUUGCUUUGGCCAGACAAUAUGCAGAUGGUUAGAUACCUAAGGGCGUUAACUUAGCUACACAUAUCCCAACCAGCUGGUUAUUUACACCAGGGUCCGUUUUAUGCUUGUUAAUUCACACAUCAGAAGUAUAUAUCGCACUAUAGCGUAUACGUCAUAUUUGUGUGUAUAGAUAGCUAGGCUCACAGUCAGUAACGUUAGCUGCCUCGACAUAUUAGCUACAUUCUGCAGAGAUGUUGGAGGAGGAGCAUACAGACAGAGAGCACCAACUUGCCAUGUUAUGUCAGAAGCUCGACCGAAUUAAAACAAGAUAUCUAAUCGAAGAUGAAACUGAUAAUAUCAACCAGGCCAUUGGCUCAAAUUCCCCUGAAACGUGUCUUGCAUAUCUGAUGGACUUGGAGAAGAAAGGAGACCCUCACUUGGAUCCUAGUCAUCUCACAAAGCUUACAGACUUCUAUACCCGUGUAUUCUCAACUAUGCCACUGGGAAAACACUGCAAAAAUGAGAGCUAUGCCAGAAUGCUGGUCAGAUUUGCAGAGCUGAAUGUAAUCCAAGAAACCAAUGGGGCAGAGGACAACUUCAAUGUUGCGACUACACACUGCCAGGAUUUUGCUUUUGUCCACAUUGCACACGCUCAGUUUGAACUGUCUCAAGGCAACACAAAGAAAAGUACUUGGAUACUUCAGAGGGCCAUUGAACUGAGUGCCAAACCCAACGACCUGCUGGAGGCUGCUAUGCAGAACUUGACUUUGGGCAAAGCAGAACUUCUUUCCUCUGAGGAUAAGGAAAAUGUACCAGUCUCAACUUAUAAUACACAUGGUUCUGCGAAAAAUGGAACAGAAUUUCGCAAAGUCUCGAGAAACUCCGACGGUACAAGCGGCUUGAAGCUUUCCAAACAAUGGAACCACGGAAUGGACCCCAAGAGGACAAGGUUCCAGCUUGGAGUUCUGGUUCUCAACGAAAGAGAGCCGUUGGCAUGCCCUGAGCCACGCCCAUGGAAGGACAUGGGAACGGUGGACUCCACCACUACACUGCUGCACAGGCAAGAAAGGAGAGAUGACACUAGGAUGGAAGAUACCACUGACAAUAUAAACCAGAUAAUUGGUUCCAACUCCCCUGAGGCUUGCCGGAUGUAUCUGACCAAGCUGGAGAAGAGGGGCAAUCCUCAGACAGACACCAACCUUCUCCUAAAGCUGAAGGACAGCUAUUCCAGAGUCUUCUCCAGACUGCCAUUGGGAAUGUACAGCAACAGUGAGAGCUAUGCCAAGAUGCUGGUCCGAUAUGCUGAACUCAAAGGCAUUGAUGACCCAGAUGAUGCUCGGGACAACUUCAUCGUUGCGAGAUCCAACUGCAAAAGCUUUGCCUUUGUGCACAUAGCACAUGCUCAGUUUGAGGUUGCUCGAGGUCAGGUCAAGAAAGGCACGUCAAUACUACAGAAAGCCCUCCAGGUGAACGCAAAGCCCACUGAACUAAUUGAGACUGCAAUGCAGAAACUAAAAGCUGGGAAUUACCAGUUUCUCCCCGCAGAAGACCGAGAGAGUCUCCCAGGUAGGUUUCAUUUAAAUUUAGUCAAGCCACUGUCUCACGGGUCAUUGAGUCUGUCAAACUAUGGUAGAGAGAGGGAGCCGGAGAUUCCCACCCGUUUACCUCUGAGCCAGACACAGCCCAAACCCUCUAGCAUGGAGCUGUCUUCAGGGUGGAAAAUACCAGCCCAUGUAAGCAGAGUCGUGUCUCCAGAGGAGAAGCACACCCCUCCUGAUUUCACGCCCAUUCCACGUCUGGUGGACUCUCUACCCACCCCAUCACUUCCUCUCCCGUCCAGACUCAACCCACCCGUCGCCUGCCAGAUGCCCAACUACAAAGACACCAGGGCCAACAGUUACUUUACCCCUGGGGUCAAGAGGAACUCCCCAUAUGCGGGCCCUCUCUCAGCAGCCCAUAAAGCCGGCCCUGCCCAGCAGCAGCCGUGCACCCCCCUCAGCCAGGUGUCCUAUGCCCAACAGACCCACCAGGGUUCUGCCGUUGCUCUCUCAAACGAGUCCAUUGUGAUAAAGGGCAAACGGUUCCUCGUCCUGAAGAUGAUUGGCCAAGGUGGAUCCAGUAAGGUGUACCAGGUUCUGGACCAACGUAAUCAGCUGUUUGCUGUGAAGUAUGUGAACCUGGAGGAGGCUGAUGCCCAGACAGUGGAGAGCUACAAGAACGAGAUAGAGCAUCUCAAUCGCCUGCAGCAGUACAGUGAUCAGAUCAUCAAGCUGUAUGAUUAUGAAAUAACCAACAGCUACAUCUACAUUCUGAUGGAAUGUGGUAACCUGGACCUCAGCACCUGGCUACGCAACCGUAAAACUGUCAACCCGCUGGAGAGGAAGUUAUACUGGAAGAAUAUGCUGGAGGCAGUCCAAACCAUCCACAAACAUGGUAUUGUCCAUAGUGACUUGAAGCCAGCCAAUUUUGUGAUUGUGAAUGCCUCGCUGAAAUUGAUCGACUUUGGCAUUGCAAACUGCAUCCAGCCUGAUGUGACAAGCAUUAUGACAGAUUCUCAGGUUGGGACCUUGAACUACAUGCCCCCUGAAGCCAUCAAAGACACUUCAUCCCAGCCAGGGAAGGCAAGCUCUAAGAUUAGUACUAAAGGUGAUGUGUGGUCCCUUGGUUGCAUCAUGUACUGCAUGACCUAUGGGAAGACUCCAUUCCAGACCAUCACCAACCAGAUCACCAAGCUACACGCCAUCAUUGACCCGACCCAUGAGAUGGAGUUCCCUGACAUUGCAGAGAAGGAUCUGCUAGAUGUGUUGAAGAGGUGCUUGGUACGAAACCCAAGAGAGCGGAUUUCCAUCGCAGAACUGCUGGAGCAUUCAUACCUAAAGCUUCAGUCUCAGCAACAGUCACCUGUGCCAGCACCUUCUGACAAUAAUGAUCUGAAGAGGAUCCUCAACGAGCUCGCUGCCUUACAGUCUCCCAACAGCAUUGCCAGGGCUGCUAAUAACUUGGCGAAAAUGUGCAACAGUGGUCGGAAACUGGACGCUGCAGGGUGUGUAAAGUCAUCCAGCCAUCUCAACUGGAAGAUGUAGAUGCUCCACUGAUGGCCUAAAAAAAAACAAAGGGGUCAGCAGAUGGGACUCCAUUCCUAGCCUAAGUCGAGCUUUACCCAAUAGAUACACUGCCCAUUCCAUGCUUCAGCACAACCCGAAAAAUACAUGCUGUUUGGCAGUACAUUGGCCCUGUUUGAAUACUUUGAAAAUGUUUCCUUCCCCUUUUUAAAGUAAUCACUGAUCUGUCAUGUCUGGAAUGGUGAAAGCUAUGAAGUGGAACCUUUGCUUUUAUUCUAUCCAAGUAUGUUAGAUCAGCGAUAACACAGAGGAUGGGAGGAAAGAAGGAAGCAUUUGAACUGUUUUUAAGCAGGGUCCAUCAAUGCCCUAGAGAGCUCUACCAUCUCCAUGUUUUAUUCUCUCAUGUCUUCAUGACUUCCCCUUGCUCGCAUCUUGAAGGAUA